UAUGCUAGCCAAUAAUCGGAGAUUUUAUAUUGUAGCUUCCGUUGCCAAAAACUUGAGAAUCGAGAAUUGAGCUCAUCCAUAGAGUUGAGAUCACUCUGAAGUCUGAUACCAAAUUGGACCGGAGCUAAAUACUCGGUCUUCUUCCUCUUUCGAUAAUGGAGCUAUUAAUUGCCAAGCUAUUACUAAGUCUUUGCUUCAUACAACUCUCCAGUUCGAGAGUUGAGAUGACUCAGAAGAAGCCUACCGUUGUCCUCACCAUCGAGAGUCCAGAUGGCGACAUCAUCGACUGCGUCCCUGUGAGAGAGCAGCCAGCGUUUGAUCACCCGCUCCUGCGAAAUCACAAGAUUCAGUAUGCACCUGCAGGAUUACCAAAGAUGAUCACAAAAAUAGAAGAGAAAAGAGUGUCGCAAAUGUGGAACCGAAAUGGCACAAGCUGUCCAGACAAUACCGUGCCCAUAAGACGUAGCACGAGCAUGGCCAAAAAAUUUGGUAAAAAACAUUGGACCGACUUUCCAUACCCCGCCGAGGAAGGACACGAGUACGCCAUUGGAGAGAUGGUAUAUUUACGGGGAAUAUAUGGAACACAAGCGACGAUGAAUGUGUGGGAUCCAGUUGUAGAACAAGGAACAAACGAGUUUAGUUUGUCGCAGAUUUGGCUUGUCGCCGGACAUUACAACGAAUCUGAUCUUAACACCAUUGAAGCUGGUUGGCAGGUUUUUCCUGAUCGUUAUCAUGACACCCAGCCACGACUUUUCAUUUAUUGGACGAGAGACACAUAUCAAAAGACAGGGUGUCUCAACUUCGAUUGUCCUGGUUUUGUACAAGUCAGUAACGACUUUGCGAUAGGUGGUGCCUUUUCUCCGAUCUCUUCUUAUGGCGGCAACCAAUAUGACCUAACCAUGGUCAUAUGGAAGGAUACUAACGAUGGGAACUGGGGGCUGGGUAUUGGCCAAUCAUUUGUUGGCUAUUGGCCGGCAAAACUGUUUACACAUCUAGCUGAUGGCCCUGCAAGGUUGGUGCAGUUGGGUGGCGAGGUUGUGAACACACACAGCUAUGGCCAGCAUACGACCACACAGAUGGGUUCAGGCCACUUUGCCGAGGAAGGCUUCGGAAAAGCCAGUUUCUUUCGAAAUCUUGGCAUCAUUGAUUACCUCUACUACUUGCAACCGGUCCAAGACUUUAUCCUUCAGACGCGGAACACCACAUGUUACAACGCGUUGAAGGCUUAUACUAAGGAGUGGGGAACUCAUUUUUAUUAUGGUGGCCCGGGAUUCAAUGUCUUAUGUCCUUAGGUUUCGGGUUUUCUUUGAGUGGAGUGAGAUAUGUGAAAUAAACUCGUUUGUGUUGUAAGACUCUUUACCUUGUUUUCUCUGUCUCUGAGAUUUAUGGCAUUUGUAAUAACUAACAUUGUCAAGAAGCCUUAAAUUGUAAAGAGGUUUCUUAUUGAUA